GAUACAGACAAACGUCAGGUAGACAGUAGAUGAAACUGCUACUACAUAGUGGCUACUAGUACACUGCAUGGGAAGGGAGAGAGCCCCCUGAAGUGGGCAGGUCAUGUUGUGUUGACAAACGUUAGCUUCUAGCUAGGCUACGUCACCGUCUUGAUUUGGGGCGGGGGCUUGCAGGAGAUUUAAUAGGUUUGAAGGUGGCAAAGACGCUGUGAAUGUUACUGUUUUUAAUCGAAUUGAGAGAUAUUUAACCACACAACCAAUAGAUAGUACAAUACAGAACUGUUUCACGCAUAGUUGUGAGGAUAUAUCACCGGAAGAAGAUGGGUAGCUGCCUUACAGUUGGACCAAAUGAAGCCGUGGUUGUCUCUGGUGCCUGUUGUGGUUCAGAUGAGAAGACCUACAUGGUGGGGGGCUGGGCCUGGGCCUGGUGGCUCAUCACUGACAUUCAAAGGAUUACCCUGGAGAUUAUGACACUCCAACCCAAGUGUGAGGAUGUUGAGACUGCAGAGGGGGUCGCCAUCACUGUCACUGGGGUGGCACAGAUCAAAGUGAUGACAGAUCAUGAUCUUCUGGCAAUUGCUUGCGAGCAGUUUUUGGGCAAAUCCGUCCCCGAAAUCAAAGGAGUGGUUUUGCAAACCUUGGAGGGACAUUUACGCUCAAUUCUAGGCACACUGACGGUGGAGCAAAUCUACCAGGACAGGGACAAGUUUGCACAGCUGGUGAGGGAGGUGGCAGCGCCCGACGUGGGCAGAAUGGGCAUUGAGAUCCUCAGCUUCACUAUCAAGGAUGUCUAUGAUAAACUGGACUACCUGAGCUCACUAGGGAAGACUCAGACAGCAGCAGUCCAGAGGGAUGCAGACAUUGGUGUGGCAGAGGCAGAAAGGGAUGCUGGGAUAAGAGAAGCGGAGUGCAAGAAGGAGAUGAUGUAUGUCAAGUUCCUGGCCGACACCAAGAUGGCCGACUCCAAACGAGAACUUGAACUGCAGAAGGCUGCUUUCAACCAAGAAGUCAACACCAAGAAAGCUGAGGCCCAGCUGGCCUAUGAGCUGCAGGCAGCUAAAGAACAGCAGAAGAUUAGGCUGGAGGAGAUAGAGAUUGAGGUGGUUCAGAGGAAGAAGCAGAUCACCAUUGAGGAGAAGGAGAUUGUCCGUACAGAGAAGGAGCUCAUCGCCAUGGUGAAGAGGCCUGCCGAGGCAGAGGCAUACAAGAUGCAGCAGCUGGCUGAGGGACAGAAGAUGAAGAAGGUUCUGACGGCCCAGGCGGAGGCAGAGAAGAUCCGGAGGAUAGGCGAGGCAGAGGCCGGCUCCAUAGAGGCGAUAGGGAAGGCUGAGGCUGAGAAGAUGAGGCUGAAGGCUGAGGCCUACCAGCAGUAUGGAGAGGCAGCCAAGACUGCUCUGGUCCUGGAGGCCCUGCCCAAGAUUGCAGCCAAGGUGGCGGCACCGCUGGCCAGGACCAAAGAGAUAGUCAUCCUGAGCGGGGAGGGCAACCAUGUGACAGGGGAAGUGAACCGCCUCCUGGCUGAACUUCCUGUGUCCGUCAACGCCCUCACAGGAAUUGACCUAUCAAAGAUCCCACUACUGCAGAGGAUGACCGAUGCUCAGGCCUGAAAACAAUAUCUCGCUUCUACUCUGAUAUCUGUUUUAUGCACUCUCAUAGACUGCCUUCAAUACACUUGAAAUUAUUAUUAUUUAUUUAUUUAUUAAAUAUGAACAAGUGGAUUUUAAAAAAACCUCUGGUGCCUUAAUUUCUACAGGACCAGAAUAUCUGCAUGUACCGCUGCUCCUUUAUAUACUCUAUGUAUCUUUGAGUUCACUACUUUUUGAAUCAUGGAAGCUUUGUACAAUAAGUAGAUCACAUGGGAUGCAUUAUAAUUUAGCAUGAACUGAGCCUUUUUUUAAAACUCAUAUACCUAUCUAGUCUCUACCUUACCAUUUAAUUUCAGUGAACAGCUGUCAAGAAGAGCAAUCUCAGUGAUUUUCUUUCAAAGUUGUACUCACCUUGCCUAUUAUACACUUCAUGAUUACUCAGUAAUGAUCUCAUCUUGCUAUCAUGUGACUAUUGUAUAGGUUAGAGUACAGUAACUUCCCUAAUGUAUAUACCUUUUCAUUUAGCUGAUUUCAUUUGUGUCCUUUAUGAUGAGUAAUGGGUUUUCACAAUCAGGUGACAAGUUGUAUCAAGUGCUACAUGAAACAAGGUGCUCACUGCUUACUAUCCUCAAAUAAUUGAUUUAGGCUUCUACUUAGUCAAAACUCUGGGUAACUGGGAAUUCGUCCCACUCAACAAGAAAUCAUGUCUUUUCAUUUAGUUUUAUGUUGUAAACAUUAUGUUUAGUACAUUAUUUCAAAGAUACUUUCAUUUAUAGCAACAAGAAUGGCCUUUUUUACUCAUCCCAGAAACCUGAUUGGCAGUCCUUUGUUUCUUUGGCUAUGAUGCACCUUUCUGAAUUGGCGUAAAAUAAGUUGAAGUACUGAAUUGACUUGAAGUAAGUUUGAGGGAGAGAUGAAGACUUUGUGGGUUUCUAUGAUGCAGGGUAAUUUAUUGAGAGAACUCUUUGUCCUGGAGAAAGUUCAGUAUGUGAAAUAUUGAAGGGUUUUUGAGUCCAAGAAGAAGUAAAAUGGCGUUACUCGUAGCCAAACUAGUCAUUGCUCCUUAUCAUUUUUAUUAUACAGGAAUUCAUAUUUUAAAAAAAUAUGAGCUGUGAUAUGUUUUAAGAAGUAAUUUUGUUCAUUCUGUUGAUUUCUUCAUUUAAUUGUUAAUUUGAUUAGUGUGACUUGAUUAUAACAUUGACAGACACUUGUUGCAGUUUUAUAUAGUAAUAUAAGUACAUUUUAAGUCAUGUAAGACAGCCUUUCAGGUUCUUACCAUGAUGUAAUCUUUGUUAAAGAUAACUCUGUAUAUCAUACACUUGUGUCAGAGAAAGAAUCACUCCUGUUCAAACAAUGCUGUUCAAUGUAUUUAGUCAUUUAUUUUGCUUUUAAUGAUAUAUAAUUGUUAAAAUGGGUAUAUGUACUGUUACACUAUUGUCAUUCCACAUUACCUCCAUAUUAUCUGUUUGUUGAGCUCAUUCCAAGACUGAACAUCACAAUCUGAUUAUAUUGGCUUUUUGUUGUAUUGUGAUUAGUCAUAGUAGAGGUAGAAGACUAACUUUCUGCUUGUUGUUUAGUAUCACUAUUUACAUUGUAAUCUGAACCAAGGUGGAGAGUAGCCCUUUGUACAAGGACAGGGAAAUGGCAGAUCUUCUUGUUCAUUUUUAAUAUAUGUGGAUGCCAUCAUCACUGAUUUGGUGACUUGCACUAUUCAAUAUAAGAUCAUGUGAAAUGGUAAACCAAGAUGGGAAAAGUCCAGCUAUCAUGUAAGUGGACAGAUUAUAAUUUGCUCAGUGCUUUUUUGUAAAGAAUAUCAGCGCUCAAAUAAUGUUUGAAUUGGAAAAAUGUUUUCUUGUCCUUUCCCCCUCUCAGACAUAUCGUAAUGUUCUUUUAAUUAGUAAAAUGAAAAUGACUACUCUGAAGGACUGUUAAACUGUUAUGUUUCUUUUUUGCUGCCCUCAAAUUGAUUUGACUCCACUUCAUUGCAGCCAUUGUAAUUUUGCCAAUACUGUGAAAAGGUUUCAGUUGUGUAACAGCUGUAAUUUAGAUUUUUGAGUUACAUUGUGGCUUCACGACCAAAUGCAUUGUUCUGACUAAGCUUUUAUUUUUUAGACAAACCACUAAAGAUACUGUAUGUUGGAUACUGAGGUCCUUUCAAAAUGUCAUUUUGUCAUUUUUGUGUGAAAAUAAUAUUCACUUUACUGUUAUGUGUCAAAUAUAGAGAUGUGCAUGCACUCAUGCCACCAGUUUUGUGUCAAUGUAGAUGUUUUUUUUUAUUUCUCAACAGGACAACACAAGUGAUCCUACAUGUUAUUUGUGAAUGUUAUCCAUCUGUAACAUAUUACCAUAUUUCAGUCUUCAUUCUAAUAAAAUUACAUUGUUGUGCUCUUUU